GACAGGAAGAAGGGUCGGCCUAUCUCUGCUAGUCCCGGGAAAAGCUGCGACAUUUGCCUCAUUCCAAGGCCAGGUUGCUGAGCCGGUGAGCUGGAUUAUUUACCGGCCCGAGUCAGCGUUGAGUGGAGGGAAGACUCCCGGAGAUGGGUGGUCGGCCCCUGUGAGCUGUACAUAGGAGGCCGGACCCCCUCGGUGUGCAUCAUGUCUGAGGGCCUGUAUGAGAAGUUCCUGGCCCCCGACGAUCCCUUCCCCCUCCUCUCCCAGAGAGGCAGCAUCAGCGAGGAGGGAUGUCUGGAUGGCAGCGACUUCGGCUGUCAGCUCUCCUCCUGUCACCGUACCGACCCCCUCCACCGAUUCCACUCCAACAGGUGGAAUCUGACAUCUUGUGGAACUAGUGUGGCAAGUUCUGAAUGCAGCGAGGAAUUAUUUUCCUCUGUCUCUGUUGGGGAUCAGGAUGAUUGCUAUUCCCUUCUGGAUGACCAAGACUUCACAUCCUUUGAUCUGUUUCCAGAGGGAAGUGUGUGCAGUGAUGUCUCCUCAUCCAUCAGUACAUAUUGGGACUGGUCUGACAGCGAGUUUGAAUGGCAGUUACCAGGAAGUGACAUAGCAAGUGGUAGUGAUGUGCUAUCUGAUGUGAUACCCAGCAUUCCCAGCUCUCCCUGCCUUCCCUCCAAGAAAAAGAACAAACACCGGAAUCUGGAUGAGCUCCCAUGGAGUGCUAUGACAAACGAUGAACAGGUUGAAUACAUUGAAUAUCUCAGUCGAAAGGUCAGCACAGAGAUGGGUCUACGAGAACAGCUUGACAUUAUAAAGAUAAUUGAUCCUUCAGCGCAGAUCUCCCCUACAGACAGCGAGUUUAUAAUUGAACUGAACUGUCUGACUGAUGAAAAACUGAAACAGGUCAGGAGCUAUAUCAAGGAGCAUAGUCCUCGACAGCGAUCCACACGAGAGAACUGGAAAAGAACCAGUUACAGUACAGCCAGCACAAGUGGUGUGAGCGGAGCCAGCGUGAGUAGCAGUAGUGCCAGUAUGGUCAGCACAGCCAGCAGCACUGGUUCUAGUGGAGGUCACUCAGCUUCUAACUCAAGCGCCAACAUGAGUCGAACUCACAGUGACAGCAAUCUGUCUGCCAGUGCAGCAGAAAGAAUAAGAGAUUCAAAGAAACGAUCUAAGCAGAGAAAACUGCAGCAGAAAGCGAUGCGGAAGAGACAGCUGAAGGAGCAGAGGCAGGCUCGGAAGGAGAGACUCAGCGGCUUGUUCCUAAAUGAAGAAGUGUUGUCACUUAAAGUUAAUGAGGAAGAUCAUGAAGGAGAUGUAGAUGUACUCAUGUGACGAGGGUGAACAUAGCAGUGUUCUUCAUAAGUCUCUAUAAAGCCAGGGUAUUUAAGUAGAAUCCAUUAUGGAAAAAUGUGCUCUCCCAUCAUAUGCUGUAGGAUCUAAUUUUUAGGUCUCCCAAUGUGUGCUGUUGCCCGUGUUUCCUACUUGCCACCAGAGUAGAGUAUAGAAGCUAGUUUGGAUUUUGUUUGAAAUCUUUUAGUCCAUCUGUAGUCUUGGAUCCUAUCUUUCUUAUGACUAGUACACACAAUGAGAAAAUGGAUAAAAAAUACAGCUUUCGAAGCAGUCUUCCGAUAACCUGAUUGAUGGUACACCACUUUCCAGAGCUCAACAGUUCACGCGAAAAUGUUUCUCGUACGGUAACAAAACAUGCUAAUUUUUAGUUUUUAAACAGUACAGUAUUUGUCCGUUAAAAUUUUUUUUAAAUCAAGUGACCAAAACCGCAAUCUUUAAAAUGAAAGAAUACAAUGCAUCAUCACGGAAAUUUGUAUUGUCUUCUCAUCAGGUGUACAAGGCUUUAUUUGUAUUGAGUCAAUGCAAGAUGUUAACAAAGAUAAGACCCCUAACCUUUGUGUAAACCAUCCGUUGAAACUAUCUACUUAAAGUGGUAGUAAACUCCUUGCUUUUUUUACCUACAGGUAAGCUUAUAAUAAAGCUAACCUGUAGGUAAAAUGAAUAUCUCCUAAACGUGAGCUAUUUAGGGGAUAUUCUAGUGAGCAGCAGUUGGUGACAUCACCGGCACAGGCACUUGGAAGGCACACAUACCCAUGCUGUUUCUUCAGAGCUGUGUGCUGUGGCCAGGAUUCCCACGCAGUUGCGUGGGAGCGACGUCGUUGCAGCUCGGCCAGUGAGACGGCCGAAGUCCGAACAUGAUAGGAAGACCAGUUGAUGAUGAAAGCCUUUGCAAUGUAGACAGCUCGCUGCUAAAGGGCUUUGUUUUAAAGCAAGUCUUUCAUAAUCUGCUAGUAUGUGGCGCAUAAUAGCACAUUAUGAUAUUGCCUUGCAGGAGAACUUUUUUGUUUGCUGCAAAAGAGUUGACUACUGCUUUAAUUGGUUUAAAAAAAAACAUUCAGUCUGCAUAUCAUUUUUAAAGGUUAUCACAAUGGUGUUAAUGGAAUCCAUUAAAUGAAUGGUUUUUACUUGCUAAUCAUGCUUUACUGUUACAGCAGUUAAACGCAUGUGUUUUGCAAAACACGCAAGUGUGACUGGACGAUUGUACACAUUACUAAUUGGUGCAGCCAUGCCUCUACCUCAGUGGUUCUCAACUCCUGUCCUCAGGACCCACUAACAGGCCAGGUUUGCAAGAUAACAGAAAUACUUUCAAUGUGAUAUCAUUUGCUGCUCGGUGAUUGCAGGAUUCUAGUCUGCAUCUCCCCAAGGCAAUACUUAAAAUAUGGCCUGUUUGUGGGUCCUGAGGACAGGAGUUGAGAACCACUGCUCUACCUGGUAAAGAGAAAUCUUGUAUUGUAAAGCUAUGUUCACACAAGCUGCAGCGUGUGCAAGCUAGUCUGCAAAUCGGUGUACACAAACCACAUCAAAAAUUGGUAGAAAAUUGGGAAAGCGCACAUUGAAAGACCUAAAUAUACUUGAU